CUGCAUUUGUAUUGCAUUUGUAUUGCAUUUGUAUUGACUAUUAUUUAACGUAAAUUGAAUGACACGUGAAAUGAAGUGAAGUUUAAUUAUUAUACGAUUAGUGAAUACAUUGAAUGCGACAAACAGUAAGAUAUUUAUGGCAACUAAACCAUCGGUCAGACCUAAAGUUAGGUCCAAACAGUUAGAGAAACCAAUGGGAGAACCGUUGGAGAAGAGGACUAUUAAGUUUGAGGACAGGGAUGGCAUCCAACGUUACUAUCCGGCACUGCACAUAAAGUUUGCGCACACUAUGGUUUGGCCGAAGUUGUGGUUACCACCGAUGCAGACAAUCGCCGCUUUGCAUUUAAAUGGUAAUGACUUGCAGUCCAACAAUGACAUCAAGAAAUGGAUUGAAAAUAUCAACAAUUUUGAAGAUAUGAUUAAAACAUUACUCCGAUUACCACAUAACCAAUUUUGGUCGACAUUAGUCUAUGAGAAGAGUCUUCAAAUAAGUUUGGAAUCUUAUCUUAAGUUUGCUCCCAGAAGUCAUGAUAUGACAACUUCUUUAUUAACAGAUCAGAUGAAAUUAGUUCUUAAAAGAGUAUUUCAUUUGGUCUUUAAGUUAUAUUAUAGGAUUUGUUCGGUCGUAGAAUCAAAUGCACACUUUAUAUCAGAGAAUACAUUUGGAUCUCUAAUAUAUGACAAUUACCUGAUAGAUGUGCCAAAAAUUAUAGAUCUAUCGUCUCUUUACGUGAAUACAUGUUAUCAUCAAAUUUUAACUCAAAUGCUAUCAAAUGUGAUUCGAUGUCAGCCUCGAUAUGAAGACGAUUUGUUUCAGAGUUGUUCUAAUUUUGUCGAUAUUUUUCAUUCAAUUGAACAAAGACUUGGAAUCGAUGAAAAUCAGUUCGAGACAAAUGAUAGGCUAUCUUAUUGUCAGUGGACUGAAUUGCAAACCAUUAUCUCAAUAAUAGUGGUUACCAGUGAUAAUCUUAGAGUACUUAUUCAAACUUUUCCAUUAAUGUCUGAUUUAUACAAAAGAUCAUCUAUUGAUAAAACUAUUGCCGAGUUUUAUAAUAGAGUUUUUUCUAAUCUCCAAAAUGAACUUAAAAGAAGAUUUGAAUUAUUUAGUGGUAAUGAAAUACAAAUUGGUGAUAGAAUACAACGACAAUUACUCAGAGCCCGUUCCCAACUUAUAGCAACGUUUAGAAGCAUUAUUGAGACAUCUUUUUUAAAUAAAUUUACAAAUGAAAGCAUUAAUAACGAAACUAAAUUAUCAUUAAUUGAUCAGUUGAUUGAAAUGUUGACAAUGGCUUCAUAUGAGAAAUGUUUUAUAAGUGAUUACUGCAAUGUGUAUGAUAUUGAUAAAGAUUUAGAGAUGUUGUCGAGUAGUAGUAAUUUAACACUAUUUAAAAGUCUUGAUAAAACACGACUCGAUUAUCUCAAGAGUGUCAUCAAAAAUAGUACUUUUCGUUCAACGAAAGCGCAAAACAAUACAAACAUAAAUACGACAUUUGUUUGUAAUAAUGAAGUGGACUCGAGAUCUAAUGGAUUUGAAAAUUAUGAAUUAGAUAUUGAACUCGAGUCUCAAAUACAAUAUAUCAGAGAAAUUAUACCAGAUUUGGGUCCCGGCUUUGUUCAUAAAUGUCUACUAUUUUAUAAUAUGGAUAAUGAAAAAGCAUUGAAUGCUAUUCUUGAAGACACACUUCCGCCACAAUUGGUUUCAUUAGAUAGAAAUAUGCAGAAAAUUGUGAAACCAGAAUCCGAUAAAAGUAAAGACAAAAAACCUGAUAACGACAAUAAUAUAGCUAAAAAUCAACGACAACUUACAUGUAAUAAUGAAUUUGUGUCACAAUUACCUAAACUAAUUGAAAAUAGAGAUAACAUCUAUAAUGGAGAUGAGUUCGAUAUCUUUCGCAAUAAGAGCGUUGAUUUAAGUCGAAUUCAUUUGGGAAAGAAAGACAAUAAGAUUACUAAAGUCGAUGACACGACUAAAGACAAAAUAAUAACUUUACAUCACAUGGCUUUAGAAGAGGAACAGAUACUCGAAGAAAUGGGUUAUAAUGAUGAAUAUGAUGACACCUAUGAAGAUGAUACUAUCGACUUAAUAUCUGAUAAAUUAAUGGAUGAAUUACAAGCGAAUGACGAUAAAAAUGAUACCAACGAUGACAACAUCAGUGAUAAUAACAAGAGUCACAGUUAUAACCGAAACAACAAAAAUAGGGAAAUGUCUAGAAAUAAUCAUAACUAUUAUAAUAGAAAACCUAAACAAAAUUUUAGGUGAUUUUGUUGUUUUUAUAAUAAUAAUCAAAACUAUAGUACAGGAUAUGUGAUGAAACUAUUUACCAUAAUAUUAAUAUAUUGCCUUAAUUUUGCAAAACAAUUUUUUCUAAUUUAA